GGGAGAUGCUGCUGGGAGUUAGCGCAGUGAAGGAGGCGGCAGCCAGCUCGGUUUCGGUCAGUGGCCGUGCCCGUCGAAUUGACUCCCGUUUUUAAUGAGCCGAGCAGCCACGCACAGCGAAGCUUGCUGCUGCCACAGCGAGGAGAGAGAAGACAGAGAAGGAAUCGAUCGAGGUGGUUGACCCGAGAUUAAUAGCCCUUCAAUUCGCGAUCCGAUUCCCUCACCUCAUGCCGACGCAGACGCAGAUGCAGCUGCAGUUGCUUUCAACCGAUCGCUGAUCGAGCCGCCCAGCGCGCCACCUCAUUCGCCCGCCCCCGGCCGUCGGCAUGGGCAGCUGCGUGAGCAAGAAGGCCGCCGGCGCCAGGGGCAAGGUGGCCGCCCCGCUCCCGGUAGCGGAGAAGGAGAAGGAGGGCGCCCACGCGCUGCCGCCGGUGGCUGAGGUGGACGCGGAGGAGGAGGUCAAGGAGGUGGUACUGUCCGAGGCGCCGGCGCCGCGGCCGCCGCCGGAGCCGGUCAAGCGGAGGCAGCAGGAGCAGCCGGAGGCCGAGGAGUCGGCGGCGUCCGAGGCGUGCAGCGACAGCGCGUCGGUGGAGUCGGCGGCGAAGGCGGAGGUGCAGAAGCCCGGGGUGGAGCCGGAGCCGGCGGAGAAGAGGGCGGCGGCGGACGCGCCCGGCAAGAAGGGGAGGACGGCGCCGGGAGAGAGGGAGAGCAGGCCCAGGGGCGGCGGCAGUGCCGGGAACGCGCGCGCGAGGUCGCCGUCGCCCUCGUCGGCGCACAGGAGGCAGCACCAGCACCAGCAUCCGCCGGAGCCGCGGCCGCGGCGGCGGGAGCAGCCUCCCGUGGUGUCCGGCAUCGGGUGCCGCAGCGGCCGGUUCUCGCCGUCUGCGGCGAGGCGGGCCGCCGAGAGCGCCGUCCGGCGGACGCACUCCGCGCGGGAGGCCGACAUGGCGCUCCCGUCGAAGCGCUCCCUCACCGCCGCCAUCAACGGCACUGCCGGCUGCUACGGGGGCGGGGGGGCGCUGAGCAGGCGGGACCCCGGCGAGCGUUCGGGCCGGCGGUCGGACUCCCCGACGACGGGCCGGCGCGCGCCCGCCUCCCCCGGCGCGACCCACCGGGCGGGGAGCCCCGCGCGCAGGGCGUCCAAGGAACAGCGACACGGGCACGGCACCCCCGAGCGAGCCAGGCCGCGCGCCAGGGACGGCGGCGAGGCCGGGUCAGGAGGAGGAGGGGAGCGCAAGAAGGUGGCGGAGGGCGCGCUGGGCCAGAACCCCUCGGUGGCCAUGGAGUGCUUCAUCUUCCUCUAGGGAUCAGAGCUAGCUAGCUGAGCUCCUCUCCAGCUCCGUGUCUGCUUGCUCCUCACCUCCUACCCCUCGCCAUCUCUUCUUGUUACUUGCUCGGUAAGUCGUCGGACAUUUUUAUCGUGUCGCCAUCUCAUCGAUGGCACAUAUGGCAGGCUCGCCAUUGCCGCGCUCACCAAUACCACCGCGCAUCUAUUCUUCUUGCUUUU